AUGGAGUUUUUGUCCAAAUGCGUUUUGUAUGGAUUCGUUUCUUUUUUGAUUUACCUUUAUAUUUAUUGCCUCUAAUUACUCCGAGUAAAGUCUAAAGACGUUCUAAUUGCUUCAGACGAGCGGAACACGACCUUCAGCAAUCUGGUCGUUGUUCCCGCUGCCUGAUGUGGCGAACAUGCAUUUUAUUGGGAUGCGUAAUAUCCAGCUGCAUUGGGAACAGCGAUAAAAUUGGCAGAUUUUCCGAGAAUCCAGCUCAAGGCAAGUCAAACAACCAGACGGGUACGUUAGCUCCAAACUGGCCAGAUGUGACGCGAAAGGGGUAUGGUUGUACAAUGAUGGGGGUCUGCAGGAACGAAGCCGGCUUAUCCCAGAACUGCCCCUACAGUUCGGCUCCGAUGCCGUUUGAAAGUGUGGAUACAGAGAGCCAAUUGCGGCAAAUUUGUCCUCGGCUUUUUGAGAGUAAGUCAAUCUAAACUUUUAUUUUUAUUUUUAGACAAUUCGACUGUCUCCUUUUGUUGUGAUGAAAAGCAGUUCAAAAUCUUCCAGAAGCGGAUGGAGGUACCAAGACAAAUGCUUUCUCGUUGCCCUAGCUGUUUGUCAAAUUUUAUGAAUCUGUGGUGUCAGUUUACAUGUUCUCCUUAUCAGAGUCACUUUGUUCGAUUGUUGGAAACUGGAGAGAAAGAUAAAUUCUCGAUAAAAAACAGUGUUUAUGUUAAGAAGGUUGAAUAUUAUGUGGACGAGGAUUACGCUAACGGGGUUUUUGAAUCAUGCAAAGGCGUAAGUUCUUUCUUUGUCUUAAUUGAGUUUGGAUGAAUUCCGUUGUAAAUUAUUUGCAGGUUCGAAUGUCAACGGGGGACUUUGCAUUGAAGACAAUGUGCGGAACCGACUUUGAGAGUUGUACUGCUGAUAAAUGGUUCAACUUUUUAGGUAGAGCUAAUAAAAACCUCGGGAUUCCUUUCGACAUUCGGUUCAGUCUGACGAAAGAGAGGUCUCGCCAUGGGAACAAGACCUUUGAUUACAUGCAGUCAAGAGCGUACCCCUGUAACUCUUCCUCAGAUCUCUCCUCUUCUCCUUGCUCUUGUCAAGAGUGUAAUGCUUCUUGUGUGGAAGAACCAAUGUAUCCCGACCUGGAAUCGGUAAGUAGUCUAAGACAUUAUCCAUCUGGUCGGUUCAGAUUGAUUGUAAGAUCGCGACAAUGGAUUGUCAAGAUGCUUUUCAUCUAGCCAUAUUAGGAUUUAUUUGCGCUUGUUUGAUGGUGGGCGUUGCUGGGAAAUACGUCUGGGAUUUAAUGACCAGAGAUGACAAUGACAAUAUAGAUGGGGAAAUAAAGAAAAGGGUCUUCUCAUUGGAUAGACUCAUUCAGAAGAUAUUUAUCAGUUAUGCAAAGGUAUGUUAGACCGUGAUUUUCGAAGACUGAUCCUUUUUAGUUGGUCAUGGAAAGGUACACGUUUAUAUUUUUCAUAUUCUUGGUACUUGGAUUCGCGUGUUCCUUUGGUUUAUUAUUUGUCAACUUGACUACUGAAACAAAAUCCCUGUGGACAUCUCCAGCCAGUUCUUCGCGACUUCAAGAAUCUUUCUUUGAAAACAACUUUAAGUAAGUAGUCCUAGUAGUUGUGGUUCUUACACUAAUACUUUACUACAGACCGUUUCAUCGAAUAGAACAGGUCAUAAUUACACCAAAGGAUACCCGUCCUCUUGAAGUUGAUACAUUUGAGUCAGAGGACAAUGCUGGAGACCCUGAUUUCCUCGGACCCGUGUUUAGAGAUACUUUUUUCAAAGAAGCAUUCAGUUUGAACAAUGCGAUCUUGAGACUGCAGACCUCGAAGAAUGUAUCCUUGGAAGAUGUUUGUUACAAGCCGUUGGAGCCAGAUAACAAACAUUGCGCAGUGAUGUCACCGUUUAACUACUUUCAGGUUUGUUUGAAAUUGUAGAUGUUAGGGUGUCCCAUAAGUCUUGCUUAUGUCUACGUUUAAGAAGUAAUGCGUGUGCCUGAAACCUUUGCACUGCUUAAUGCUUGGUACUUUUAAAACCGCCAUAUCUUACACUUAAAAAAACGGACAAGUUUAAACGAAUCAUAUGCCCUCCGGGCAAAUAGUUGACAUUUUUUAAUAUCAUCACUUCUGGUAUGAUUCGGCACCUUUGCAAUUACACUUUUUAAUACAUUUGCUGAGUGCCCUGUUUCUAAAUAAGCUGUCUUUUACACCCUAAUAGUUUAUUGUAAAAUUAAAUUGUCUACAGAAUUGUUUUUAGAAUGACCUAGAUUCCAUUGAUGGUGAAAUUGAGGGCGAAUUUGCCAUUUUCAAUUUCCGAACGCAUCUCCAGGAAUGCAUCAAAAACCCCUUCAGCAUGAAAACUAGCUUCAAGAUGAGCUGCUUCGGCCAAUUUGGAGGUCCAAUUCAUCCUUAUUUGGUUUUUGGUGACUUCAAUGAUGGCUAUGAAUCAGCCAAAGGCAUCAUGAUCACGAUUCUUUUGAAUAACUCAGUUAAGUCGGAAGAGAACAGAGCGGCUAUGGAAUGGGAGGAAACAUUGAUAAAGUAUCUCAAAAGAGUCAAAAGCGACAUUUUCCGGAUAUCGUUUAUGUCUCAAAGGUCGAUUGAGGUAACCUAAUUUUUAAAGAGUGGUAUUUUGUUGAAUUUCAGGAUGAAAUCAGUCGGCAAGCGUCGUCUGAUGUCAUAAUUGUUGCAUUAAGUUAUGUGUUUCUACUGUUUUACGUCUCAUUCGCCCUCAGUCAGUAUCAAGUGCCAGUUAGCGAUGAUCUUUGUACUAUUCUGAUCAAUACCAAACUUACUCUGGGCUUUGUGGGUAUCAUAGGAAUUGCAUUGGCUGUUACCAGGUAAAUACCAUAUUUCUUUUAAUACCCCCGCGAUUUUCUUAACUGCUUAACUUUGGUUCGAUUUAGUGCCGUUGGGAUAUGUUCGUAUUGGAAUAUUGAGACGACCCUGAUCGUCUUUGAGAUCUUACCUUUUUUGAUUGUAUCAGUUGGAGUUGAUAACAUAUUUUUGUUUGUCCAAGCCUACCAGGUAUGAAGUGUUGUCUAGAUGAAUUUUUUUGUGUUUCAGCGAAGAGAUAGACACGAUAUUCCGUUGAAUGAGAGGGUUUGUGAGAUCGCUGCUGAAGUCAUGCCUUCGAUGUUGUUGACCAGCACUGCUGAGGCUAUUUGUUUCUCUUUCGGUAUGCCAUUGCAUGAAUUUUUUGAUAUAUUCAUGUAUUUUUCAGGGGCCAUAUCUGAGAUGCCCGCGGUCAGAACCUUCUCUUUAUUUGCAGCCAUCUCCAUAAUAACCAACUUUAUUCUCCAGAUUACGCUCUUUUUUUCGGCAUUUGUAUGGGAUGCGAAGCGACAAGAAGAAGGUCGUCUUGACAUGUUAUGUUGUAUUAAGCUGAGGCCUGAACGUCCGUAUAGGGAGAGUUAUAUGUAUAAUGUCAUAAAGAACUUCAUCGCUCCAUCUAUCAUUAUUAAGCCGGUUCGGAUAUUUGUGGUAAGGGUUAGUAAUAUUCUAAAGGUUUCUUUAGUUGAUCCUUUUCCUAUUCUGGUUUGCCACUUCCUUGCUAAUUGUGGACAAUAUCCAGCUUGGAUUGGAUCAGAAGAGAUCAGUUCCAGACGACUCCCACGUUUACAGUUACUUCAGGGAUCUUGAGAUUUAUGUGAAUGUGGGCCCUCCAGUAUUCUUCGUGUUGAGAGGCAGCUUUGAUUACGGCGAUCCUCAACUCCAGAACUUGAUUUGUACCGGAAAUGGAUGUCACAAAGAUUCCCUCGGAGCUCAGAUUAAUCGGGCCUCCAGACAUCCUGAAUUGUAAGGAAAAGUAAAUGUUAAAUAAUUUUUUCGGAUUUGAGGUCCAAUGUCGCCCACCCGGUGAUGAAUUGGCUGGAUGAUUACAUCGAAUGGUUAAGGCCUUCUGCCAAUGGAAGGUGUUGCCGAAGAUAUGAUUCUAAUCACACGUUUUGCCCCUCUUUGGUUCCGGAAAAUUUGUGCCAUUCCUGUGGCGUGGACUAUGUAGACGGCCGUCCUCGGCCAGAUCUUUUUUACACGUACAUCAAGAGUUUCUUAAGUAGUAAUCCAUCGGUCCAUUGUCCAACAAGGUAUUUUUAUCUAAUUUUGUUCAAAUAUUGUGAAAAUUUUUAGUGGUCAUGCGUUGUACAGCAAUGCCAUCAAGUUCGCGAGCAAGUCGGAUCGGAUCAUAGCAUCUCAUUUUAUGACAUAUCACACUCCCUUCAGACAUAUGGCCGAUUACUUUAAGUCGAUGGAAAGUGCCAAAUUCUUGGCAAAUAAUAUUACAAAAUUCAUGAAUACUGAACUCGGUUUGAUGGGACAUCCUCCAAUCGAUGUGUUCCCUUACAGGUAAUGAUACCAGAGAUAGAUAAUGUUUUUAGCUUCCAUUACGUGUUCUACGAGCAGUAUGAGACCAUCGUGAAGGCAGCCAUCUUCCAGUUGAUUUGUUCUGCUGUUUCAAUCUUCAUCGUUGCUGCUAUCCUUUGUGAUAUGGAUCCUUGGUCAGCGAUGAUCAUAACGAUUACGGUGGUAAUGAGUCUGAUCAAUCAGCUGGCUAUGAUGUAUUUCCUGAACAUUGAUUUCAACGCGAUCUCAGUGGUCAAUCUGAUCAUGUCUGUAGGAAUCUCGCUAGAAUAUUCGGCUCAUACUGUACGGGCCUUUGUUUCAAUUCACAAUCCUUCUCGAAUUGAGAGAGCCAAAGAAUCCCUGGCUUUAAUUGGGUGUACUGUAGGUCCAUUCUUUCCGACUGUGUUUAAUCACUUUUUCAGAUCAUAAGCGGUAUCACAACGGCUAAAGGCGGCAGUCUCUUAAUUAUUUUGUUUUCCCAUUCCAAGAUCUUUAAUGUAUACUACUUCCGAAUGUUUGCAAGUAUCAUCAUGGUUUGUUUUACACACGGGUUAAUUUUGCUGCCUGUGCUUUUGUCUUUCAUUGGUAAGUUUGUUUUUAAUGACGUUUUCUUACUGUCUAGGUCCUCCACCUUCGAAGAAUCGGCCUGACUAUUAUGGAGCUCGAAGAGCCCUUCCUCCUCGGAUACCUUCACUGAUAGACGAGAAGGAUUCUGCUGUUCAACAGCACCUGGUCGCCGAAGACAAGGAACAUCCAGCCGCAUAG